CAUCCAUCCAUCCCACCACACCGCCCGCCUCCCCUGACCGCCGGAAUCCCGCGCCGACAAACCGGAUCCACCACCACCCAGUCCACCCGCCCGCCCACUAACGCAGAGGCUCCACGCUUCUAUGCAGCGGGUGGAGGCGGCGGUGAUGCGCGAUUGGUCCCGCCGGCGUUAAGGCAGAGGUGGGGGUUUGUGCUCUUCUCCGGGAGCGGCGAUGGGGUGCGUCCAGUCCACGGGGAAGCGGAGGCAGCACCCGGCGGGCUACGAGGACCCCGUCCAGCUCGCCUCCCAGACCGCAUUCAGCGUCAGCGAAGUCGAAGCGUUGUUCGAGCUCUUCAAGAGCAUCAGCGGCUCCGUGAUUGACGACGGGCUGAUCAACAAGGAAGAGUUCCAGCUAGCAUUGUUUAAAAAUACAAGGAAGGAAAAUCUUUUCGCUAACCGGAUAUUUGACCUUUUCGAUGUUAAGAAAAGGGGUGCCAUCGAUUUCGGUGACUUUGUUCGAGCCUUGAAUGUGUUUCAUCCAAACUUCCCAAUGGAAGAGAAAAUUGAUUGGUCCUUCAAGCUAUAUGAUAUGGACGGUACAGGGUUUAUUGAACGGAAGGAGGUAAAGCAAAUGUUGAUUGCUCUUCUAGGUGAAUCAGAAAUGAGGUUAUCAGACGAUAUCAUUGAGACGAUCUUGGACAAGACAUUUUCAGAUGCUGAUACGAAUCAGGACGGGAAAAUAGACAAAACAGAGUGGGAGAAUUUUGUCUCUAGGAAUCCCUCCUUGUUGAAGAUAAUGACUCUUUCAUACCUCAAGGACAUAACAACUACAUUUCCGAGCUUCGUGUUUCACUCCGAGGUUGAUGAUAUCGUCACAUGACCAUGAUUCUCUUGCAUAUGUACAGUUAACAGGAAGAAAUAACUUACCAUGUGAGUGAAAAAAGCAGAAUAUCUGCAGAGAUAGCAUGUUUGAUAUUUAAGUUGCCCAAGACAUAUCAUUGUUUCUCUCGUGAUGUUCAUUAGACUGCGAGUUAGUCCGCACAGAUCGAAGGUUUUAUGUUUACCAGAGCGAAGUAUUCAUGAAUGUUUUUUUA